GAGCGCAGAGCACCCGGGGCAGCAGCGCGCGCGCGUUUUCCCGGCCAGGACUCCGGUGUUUUGAGUUCUUUAUAGACACAAAGCUCGUUCUGCCAGCGCGCGCGGAGAAAUAAUCAACGUGCUGUUGUGAAUAUUUAUCACUAUUAUUGUUAUAUAUUUCUGUUGCUUAUCGACACAUCCUCGAUUGCAGCAUAAUGACUGACAGGAAAGCUGUGAUUAAGAAUGCUGACAUGUCGGAGGACAUGCAGCAGGACGCGGUGGACUGUGCAACCCAGGCCAUGGAGAAGUACAACAUCGAGAAAGACAUUGCAGCAUACAUCAAGAAGGAGUUUGACAAGAAGUACAAUCCAACAUGGCAUUGCAUUGUGGGGAGGAACUUCGGUAGCUACGUCACCCAUGAGACGAAGCACUUCAUUUACUUCUACCUGGGCCAGGUGGCCAUCCUCCUGUUCAAGUCUGGCUGAAGUCUUACCGCGAGAGUAGAAUCUUUUUUUUUUUCCCCAACAUGGACCAAGAUGCACUAGUGGCCAAUGUCCUGUCUAACCACAUGCUACAAAUAUUAAACCAGGCCAUACCAUGACUAUGCUGACUGUGCGUAACUGCAUGGGCCGUAAAUCAUACUAAAUGUGCAUAUCUUGAGGUUAAGUUGCUUUUCAGUAGGUGUCCUAUGUUUAUCGGGAGAGUUUUUUGUUUAUGGUCCUGAGAAGUGUGUUCGGGUUUAGGAGCUAUGAAAGCAGGAGGGAUUUUGAUGAAAUACAGCAAUGAGAGGUAAAAUCCAAAAAGUGCUUUUUGUUUGUUAGGUCUCUUUAAUUAAAGAGAUGUUUUGUUUAAUUGGUCAUUGCUACCAUGUAGUUUAAACAAGCACAGCAUGUGUCUGUACCAUGGUGGAGAUGGAGAGUAAUGGAAAUAAUGAAUGUGUAUAUUGGUUAAUCUAAGAUUAGGGGAUUAUUUUUAUGCUAUUGGUUUGGUGAUGGUAUGCUAGGAAAUAGAUGGGUUACAGAUGCACAAAUCACACUGUUGUUCUGUGACUCUGCAUUUCCUUUUGUUUGAAAUGUUCUACACUGUUACAAGUGCAUUAUGUCUACUGAAGAAUAAUCUAAGAUGUAUUAAACGAACUGUAGUUCCA